CUCGUGUUAACAGGUCUGUGCUUGAUAUUUGCGACCGUUGGCCUGCCCAACCGAAAGCCAUGGUGUUGCUACGGUAAGGGAUGAGUAUUCGCAGCCAUCGACCUACGCUGCUGUAAUGAAGACAAUGUUCCUGUCUCGAGAGGUACGUAUGUACAUUAUAUCAAGACCUCGAUUUGAAAAUGCGACUCUCGGUACACCUCUAUCUAAUGCCGGUGCUAUUACUACAUACCUCCACAUGCUUUGCUCUUCCUGAAUCAACAGGGCGAGCACAAGUCGCUUCCGCCAUUGCCCCAGCUCCCACAAUCCUGAACGGGCCGUUGAUGCCACUAAGACGAAACUACGGACUCUUUGAUCGACCUGCACCACCGCCAGUGCAUGAUGGCGGAUGGCCCAAAGCUCCUCAAUGACCGGAACCUCGGCUCAGGCUGAUCUCCAGGGCGAUGUCGGCGAUCUUGGCUGUGUAGGUCAGAGAAUGCUGGGGAGAUCAGUCGCAUGAUGCAUCCCAGUGAGGACGUGGAGCAUCUCGGUGGUCUCGGCAGCAAGAUGAGGGAGGACGUGGCAUUCCUACCAACCACCAAACACCACUCUGAGUUGUUUGUUCACAGCCGCUCUGGGAUAUGGUGCCGUCAACCUCAUGGUUAUGAGAUGACAUUUAUUGACAUUGGCCGAACCACGUGACAGCCCGCAACGGCUGCCCACGAAGUAAAGAGUGUUCCAAAGAAAGAUGGAAAAGAGAAGGGUGGUUCAGCCUCGUUAGAAACAGCUGUCAACUUUCACAUGCUUAGCGAAAGAAUUGGUGGAGUCUUCAGCCUAAGUGCCAAGCCUAUUUCCAGAAAAAGUGGCACCCCGUCUGACGGGGAAUACAUUAACGACAU